AUGGGGGCGAAGCGCAGUGAGUACGAUCCGGAGAAAUGGGAGGGCGGCAAGAAGCACAAGUACGGGAAGGAGGAAAUGAACGGCGGGGACCACGAUGGGGACGUCCAGUAUGACCUGGAGAUAGAAACCCGCCUGGAAGAUGAGGAGUCGGAGAAUCCCCUCGGCAGUAGAGCAGUCGGCACAGUCGGACGAAACCACAAUCACAUAAACAUAGGAAACCUGAAAGACGAAGUAGUGCAACAUGACUUCAAUAAUGAUGACCUGGAUGACAAAACGCUAGGGUUGGUAAAAGACAAGUCCAUUAGAAGAAGAGAAAAUGAAUUUCAGAGGAGAAAGUACGAUUAUAUUAUGUCCCCAGGGAGGGCUGACCCCUUUGGAGAGCACAGCCCAUCCCCAGGGGAGAGGACUUACGCAGAUGUGAUGAUGGACAUAAAUAAUGAAAGUCACAAAAUGAAGCUCACCAGUGGCGGUGCAAAGGGUGGUGCGUCCGCGUCGACGUCUGGUCAAGCUGGAGGCAAUAGAAAGAUGAGGUGGGGGGCGGUCAUAGAAAGUGACUCCGUUGGGAGGAAGUCGGGGGAGUCAGCCACGUCUAGUAAAACAAAUGAAGGAAUGAAAAAGGAACAAGGAAGAAGUAAAUGGGACGCCUUGUCUGAUGAGGAGAGUAAAUCGAUUAGCUUUGGUAACAUGCCCACACCCGCACCGUCCAAGUGGGUUGACACACCCUUCAUACUGAACGACGGGGGUGCAGUAAAGAAAAAAAAAAUAUCACGGUGGGACAAGGUUGGGGAAGGGACUGCUGCGUCAGCGGCUGAUAGCCUCUCACAGAGUGACAUGAUGAAGACACCCAAAGUUGUGGCACAUGGUGGGGUAGCAGCAGCAGCAGCCACCCCAGGAGGUAUGCUGAAAACGCCUUAUAUCAUGCCGGGAAGCGGUAACUUCGUCAACACCCCAUACGUGCUGAACCAAUUGGGUAAUGCCCAUUCCAUGCUCACACCCAUGACCCCGGGAGUGAACUCCAUGGCCGUCGACUCGAUUAUAAAAUUGAAAAUAAAAAAUGAAAUGGAGAUUCGAAACAGGCCACUAACAGAUGAGGACCUGGAUGAGCUGCUUCCCUCCGAAGGGUAUGAAAUUGUGGAACCGCCAGAGGAAUACGAGGCGAUAAGAAGGAAUAAAUUAAAAGCAUUUUUUAAAACAGUUGCCAGCAGUGCGGGGACUCCUCUUCUAAUGGGUAGUGGAGCCACCACAUCCCUGCAGGACGACAAAACAGGGGAGCACCCCACAGGAGCAGUGCAACAAACCCCUUAUUCAAAUAACAAUGUGAUGCAUAGCACAUUGGUUAGUGGAACGAUGCCCAGCGGCACCCCCUUUUACGAAAUCCCAACGGCGACGACAAGUCAGAUGCAGGAUGGAGAGGGGGCACAUGCGCAGUCGAUUCUGCAGAGUAGCCAAUUCCAAAUUAACAAUCCUCAAUUGUUAAGCGAGUUAAAAUAUGUGCAGCUAAAGAAUGAAGAUUUUAUUUACUUCAGCAAGCUGUUUCAAACAGUCGACGAGAGUGACUUAUCACAGGAUGAAUUGAAGGAGAGGAAACUGAUGAUUCUUUUACUUAAGAUAAAAAAUGGAACACCCUCUGUUAGAAGGACAGCUCUAAGGGCUAUCACAGAUAAGGUGAAGGAAUUGGGUCCGGAAAUUUUGUUCAAUUUAAUUUUGCCUCUAAUGAUGCAUAACACAUUGGAGGACCAGGAGAGACACCUUCUUGUGAAAGUGAUUGACCGAAUUUUAUUCAAAUUAGAUGACCUGGUCAGACCGUAUGUACAUAAAAUUCUGGUGGUUAUUGAGCCGUUGCUAAUUGAUGAAGAUUAUUACGCUCGAGUGGAAGGAAGAGAAAUUAUAAGUAACUUAGCCAAGGCUGCAGGGCUGGCCACGAUGAUCGGUAUUAUGAGGCCUGAUAUAGACCACCCAGAUGAGUAUGUAAGGAAUACUACUGCUAGAGCAUUUGCAGUUGUUGCAUCUGCACUUGGUAUUCCAUCCCUGAUUUUAUUUCUAAAGGCCGUGUGUCAAUCGAAGAAGAAUUGGGAAGCCAGACAUACAGGAAUUAAAAUUGUGCAGCAGAUUGCUAUACUGAUGGGUUGUGCUGUUUUACCUCACUUGAGGCAGCUCGUUUCUAUUGUGGCUCAUGGGUUGCAUGACGAGCAACAGAAAGUAAAAACGAUCACAGCGCUUGCCAUAGCCGCUUUGGCAGAAGCAGCAGCACCAUAUGGGAUUGAAGCAUUUGAUUCUGUUUUAAGACCUCUGUGGAAAGGUAUAACAGAACACAGAGGUAAAGUGUUAACUGCAUUUUUAAAGGCCAUUGGUUUGAUUAUACCUCUGAUGGAUCCAUACCAUGCAAGUUAUUAUACGAGAGAAGUGAUGGUAAUUCUUAUUAACGAGUUUAGCUCCCCGGAUGAGGAGAUGAAAAAGGUGGUGCUCAAGUGCGUAAAGCAAUGUAUACAAACGGAGGGCAUUGAUAAGGAUUACAUCAACCAAGAAGUGGUGAACCCAUUUUUUGAAAAAUUUUGGGUUCUAAGAAGUAGCCAUGAUAAGAGAAAUCUACAUCUGAUAGUAGAAACGACAGUAGAAAUUUCAAACAAAAUAGGAGGAGCAGUUGUUAUAGCUAGAAUAGUGGAUGACUUGAAAGAUCCAUCUGAACAAUUCAGAAAAAUGGUGAUGCAAACGAUACAAAGCAUUGUGAAUAAUCAGGGGGUAGAGGACAUUGACCAAGCAUUAGAAGAACAGUUAAUUGAUGGUAUUUUAUACGCAUUUCAAGAACAAGCCUCUGAAGAUUAUUACGUGUUGUUAAACUCAUUCGAUGCGAUUGUAAAUAAAUUACAAGUUAGAAUGAAACCAUACCUCCCACAAAUAGCAGGCAUUAUAAGAUGGAGACUGAAUACGCCUCUGCCGAAAAUUCGACAACAGAGUGCAGAACUUAUAGCAAGAAUUGCUAAUCUUAUGCAUUUGUGUGAGGAACAUCAAAUGCUAGGGCAUUUAGCUUUAUACCUUUAUGAAUACCUCGGGGAGGAAUACCCAGAAGUGUUAGGCAAUAUUAUAGGUGCGUUGAAAUCUAUUGUAGUGGUGUUGGGCGUGCAAAAUAUGACCCCACCUAUAAAAGACCUCCUACCCAGGAUAACGCCAAUAUUGAAAAACCGACACGAGAAGGUACAAGAGAAUGUUAUUGACCUCAUUGGUAUUAUUGCAGACAAGGGAGGAGACUUGGUGUCUCCUAAGGAAUGGGAUCGUAUAUGUUUUGAUCUCAUUGAGUUGUUAAAAUCUAAUAAAAAAUUAAUUAGAAGAGCAACCAUACAGACCUUUGGUUAUAUUGCUCGCACCAUUGGACCUUUUGAAGUAUUAACUGUCUUACUUAAUAAUUUACGGGUUCAAGAACGACAACUCAGAGUAUGUACUACCGUUGCCAUUGCUAUAGUAGCAGACACAUGUCUUCCAUACUCUGUCCUUGCUGCACUCAUGAAUGAAUAUCGAGCCCAGGAUUUAAAUGUACAAAAUGGAGUCUUAAAAGCGCUAUCCUUUAUGUUUGAAUACAUUGGCGAAAUUGCUAAAGAUUAUGUGUACGCAGUGGUGCCUUUACUCGAACACGCUCUCAUGGAUCGUGAUUUAGUGCACAGGCAAAUUGCAACCUGGGCUUGUAAACACUUAGCUCUUGGCUGCUUUGGCUUGAACAGAGAAGACGCUCUCAUUCACUUGCUAAACUACGUAUGGCCAAAUAUAUUCGAGACAUCUCCUCAUCUUAUUCAAGCUGUUAUUGACUCCAUUGAUGGGUUCAGAGUGGCCCUGGGACCUGCAAUCAUAUUCCAGUACCUAGUGCAGGGCAUUUUUCACCCCUCCAGGAAGGUGCGAGAAAUAUAUUGGAAGAUUUAUAACAACGUUUAUAUCGGCCACCAGGACAGCCUCGUCCCCGUGUACCCCCCCUUUGAGCGCCUCGGCGACAGCAACUUUGCGCGCGACGAGCUGCGCUACACGUUGUGA